CUCAAAGACCUCUCAAACCCUACCUAGGAAAUCAUUUAGCCCUGCCAUUUCCUGUAAGCUCAAUUCUGCUACUUCUUCUGCUUCUCCUCCUACCCUUAUUAGAAACGAGCCUGUUUUUGCUGCACCAGCUCCUAUCAUUACUCCUGCAUUGUUGAGGGAGGAGAACCCUUGAGACCACCAUGGCUGCAAAAUUAAGAAAGUGUAUGAUGUUCUGUUGCAUGACCGAUACCUCUAGAGAAGGGAUGGGGAGCGAAUCAUACGAGGCAGCCAUUGCAGGACUAAAGAAGCUUCUCAGUGAGAAAGGAGACCUGGAAGCGGUGGCCACUGCAAAAAUUGAGCAAAUAACGGCGGAGCUGCAAACAGUGGAUAGUCCAGUGUUUAAUCCGGUGGAGAGGAUGAAAACCGGGUUCAUCCAUUUCAAGAAGGAGAAAUACGAGAAGAAUCCCGCGUUGUAUGGUGAACUGGCCAAGGGACAAAGCCCAAAGUUCAUGAUCUUUGCCUGCUCGGACUCCCGUGUGUGCCCUUCCCAUGUUCUUGAUUUCCAGCCUGGAGAGGCUUUUGUGGUCCGCAACGUCGCCAACAUGGUCCCCCCAUUCGACCAGACUAAAUACGCUGGCGUUGGAGCAGCCGUCGAGUAUGCUGUCCUGCAUCUCAAGGUAGAAAACAUCGUGGUCAUCGGACACAGCUGUUGUGGUGGGAUAAAGGGUCUCAUGUCUUUCCCUGACGACGGCCCCAGUUCUACUGAUUUCAUAGAAUCGUGGGUAAAAAUCUGCUCACCGGCCAAAGCGAAGGUGAAGUCAGAGAACGGCAGUCUGCCUCUCGUCGACUUAUGCACGCAAUGCGAAAAGGAAGCGGUGAACGUAUCACUGAGUAACCUUCUAACUUAUCCAUUCGUGAGAGACGGUUUGGUGAAGAAAACUUUGGCGUUGAAGGGAGGAUACUACGAUUUCGUGAAUGGAACUUUUGAGCUUUGGGGACUUGAAUUCGGCCUCUCACCCUCUCUCUCUGUAAGGGAUGUCGCUUCAGUACUGCAUUGGAAGCUCUAAUGGACAUGCUUUAUCACCCCUUUUGAGAGGUGGAAAGAGCCU